AGCUUGACAAACUAGCCGGAACAAGCGCUGCCAAUUCAACUGUUGUGAAUACAAGCCCAAGGAAAGAUGAGCGGCCUGAUGGAGUAUAACGGAUCUGCCAUCGUUGCAAUGGCAGGCGAGAAUUGUGUAGGCAUUGCAUCUGACACCCGUCAUGGAAUUCGGCAGCUGCAGACUGUAAGCUGCAAUAGGCAGAAGACUUUUCAGGUGACCGAUCAAUGCUACGUGGGACUGUCCGGUCUAGCUACGGAUGUUCAGACGGUGAGCCAAUUGCUGAAUUUCCGCAUGAAGCUCUUCACACUCCGCGAGGAGCGAAAGAUGCAGCCUCGCAUGAUAGGGAACAUGAUCGCAUCCAUGCUGUACGAGAAGCGCUUUGGACCAUAUUUCACCGAGCCAGUCGUCGCUGGCCUGGACGGCGAACACAAGCCGUACCUGUGUACAUUUGACUUCAUUGGGUGUCUUUCCACCGCAGAGGAUUUUGUGGUUUCCGGCACCACAGCGGAACAGCUCUUUGGUGUGUGUGAGUCCUUCUGGCGACCUGGUAUGAACAAAGAUGAGCUGUUUGAGACUCUUUCCCAGUGCCUAUUAUCUGCUGCUGAUCGCGACUGCCUUGCAGGUUGGGGUGGCGUUGUCCAUAUCAUCACGCCAGAUGAAAUCAUCACCAAGAAACUGAAGGGACGCAUGGACUAGCACUUCAAAGUGAAGGUCACCGAGCACCCCGCAUGAGAAGCUUGCUGACACAGCUAAAGCUGGAACCGUAAUUCCGCAAGAACAGGUGUGAGAUUGAGUGUUAUCCUACUUUCCAGUGUUCAGUUUGGUUCCUUAUGUGUGCAAAGAUGGUCAC